UAUGAUCACUAUCUAACCUCAAUAUUUUCCAUCAAAAUAUAAAUAUUUCCUUUAUUGAGUUUAAUUAUUAUUAUUAAGAAAUUUUAUUAUGAGCAAUAAAACAAAUGUCGCUGUAAAAGGUGAAACACCGGAUAUCCUCUUUAUCGAACCGUUUUACGGAGGAUCCCAUAAGGAAUUGAUUGAUACUAUCAUCAAGAGUAUUUCAACGUAUACUCUUGUGACUAUGCCAUGCAAAAAAUGGCAUUGGCGCUCAAGAUGUGGAGCUUUAAGCUUAAUGACAAUAAUCCCUAAAGUGACUACAGAAAAAGUUCUUUUCUGCAGCUCAAUAUUAAAUUUAGCUGAAUUGUUGGGACUGCGACCAGAUUUGAACAGUCUAAAAAAAGUAAUAUACUUUCAUGAAAAUCAGCUAAUUUAUCCUAUUCAAGAAAUUAAGAACAGGGAUAUCCAGUACUCAUAUAAUCAAAUAAUUUCUUGUUUGGCCGCUGAUAUUGUUAUAUUCAACUCAAAUUUUAAUAAAAACAGUUUUUUAUCUAAUAUUAAGAAAAUUAUUAAAUUAAUUCCUGAUUAUCGCUCUACAAAUUUGGAAGGCAUUAUUAGAAAAAAAUGUGAAGUAUUAUAUUUUCCUGUUACUUUUCCUGAAAAGCCUUUCGAGGGUAGAUUGAAUGAAAAAAGCAAUGUUUUGAGGAUUGUAUGGCCUCAUAGGUGGGAAUUUGAUAAAUGUCCAGAAGACUUUUUUAAUGUACUUCUUAAAUUGAAAACAGAAAAUAUAAAAUUUGAGGUAGUAGUUUUGGGGGAAUGUUAUAGAGAAAUACCAGAAAUUAUGAAUGUGUCACGAGAAAAAUUGGAGAAUGAAAUUGUUCACUGUGGAUAUAUUGAUUCAAAAUCAACAUAUUUUCAAACUUUGAUGAAAUGUGAUGUGGUAGUAUCUACUUCACAUCAUGAAUUUUUUGGAGUCGCUAUGAUAGAAGCAGCAUAUUGUGGUUGCUUUCCAUUGGUACCAAAUAACUUGGUUUAUCCAGAAAUAUAUCCUAAUAAUUGUUUAUAUUCGAACAUAGAAGAUUUGUAUGCAAGAUUAAAAUGUUAUUGUCUCAAUCCUACAUUAGCUUAUGAAGAUAGAAGUAAGUUAGACCUGAGUUUUGAAAAAUAUUCAUCUGUAAAAUUAACACCUGAAUUUUUAAAGAUUUUGAACAAUAAAUAGAAAUAAUUAAU